AUGCUGUCCCUUUUGCCGAGAGCUUUGACAAAUUUUUCUGCCUGGAACACAAGCACCAUGGAGAUGGACCAGAAGCACAUUGCAGGAACGUGGUGUACUGAUGGUGACUAUACACUGAAGAUUGGCAUCAUCACUACCUUGGGGUGUCUGAUCAUCCUGGGGAAUUUAUUUGUACUGCUUGUUAUUGCCUCGUCUGUGUCUGGCUGGUCACGUAAUAGCCGCUACAUCCUUAUAUCUUUGACUGGCACAGAUGUCACAUUGGCUUUGGUCGUGGUUCCACUCAAUCUGUAUGGAAGCCUUGUGUUAGAGCCAGGCGAUGAAGAUGCAGCAGAUUCUGCUCUGGGAUCUUACUGUCACAUAGUGGCUUUUCUGAAUUCAACUGUGUUUGCCUCCUCUAUUUAUUCCUUGUCCACCAUUAGCCUGGAGCGAUAUGUGGCUGUAUUCUUUCCUUUGCAAUAUAACACAGUAAUGAGUCGCCGCAGAGUAAAGCUAUUAAUUGCAGCAUCCUGGUUGUUGCCUCCUGUCUUCCUGUUUCCAAUUUCAAUUCCUGGUGGCACAGUGAUACAUGUCUAUUUUUCUCGAGCCUCUCUCAUCUGUAACCCAGACUAUUCCAGUAACAUGGCUUACUCCCUUUUGCUGACCACAGUCAUAUUUUUUCCUUGCUCGGUAAUAGUCACAUUUGCCAACUUGCGACUAUGGAGGGUUGCAAGGAUGCAGAGCAGAAGGAUGAGCAUGUGUUGCUCUGGUCGAAACAGACAGAGUGUCACCACAGUGUGUGAGCAGGUGGAUGGUAGCAAACCAGUUCACCUAAGUAAAGGCAGGCAUGUAACCAAUGAAAUGGGGGAAAGAGGCCCCCGUAGAGGAGAUGCUGCAUCCAGGGUGCUUAUUCCUGUGGUCUGCGUGUUCUACAUUUGCUGGGCACCAUGCAUGGUUACUAUCCUGUAUAAUGCUAUUACACAUAAAAGAGUUCCAGAGUGGGUGGAGUUUGCGGCCCUUUGGCUUCCAAGUGGAAAUGGCUUCCUUAACUGCUUUGUGUACUUCUGGAUCAACAAGAGCUUCCGACACAAAUUUAGACAACUGGGAAGAAAACUGUGCCCUUGGGGUGGCUGCUGGACCCAUCGGAAAAGUCGUAAAAAGGCUCCCUGUAUCAAAGUCACAAACAAUAAUGCUAUGAUCAUUUUACAGGAAAGAUCCUGCAGUAUGUCAUCAACUUGCAUGCUCCUUCCACAGACAGCAGACUCUGUUUUAUAA